GAUUACUAUUUCAUUUUUUAGUGUUAAGAAAACGCAAAAUAGUAUAUCUAAGACCUGUUUACAAGUAACCUAAACGAUUUAAAUGUACAGAUUUAGAACUUCCUAAUAUUAAAGUUAUUAUUUGGUGCAGGGGAAGGACCUCAUAUAUUAUAUUGAGGUUGGGUUUAGUUUAUUAUUAUACGACUUUAUUGCUCGUGGCCAAACUCCACGUGGCCAGCCCGUUGGCGAGGUUCAAACCCACAACCAGUGUUCAGUGGUUUUAUCUACUAGGCUUAUAGCUUAGGACCUCAAUAAGUCUAAAUCCUUGUCUGAAUAUAUAUUUUCUGCACUCUAAAAGAAUACAGAAAUGUAAUAACGAUAGCCCAAAAUGAAGAUCUAAGAUUUUAGAGCAUAACGUAUAAAAUUUCUAAAAAAUGAAGACAUUUUAGAAUUUCCAACCUUGCCAGCCUAAGUAAUUAAGAAGGCCUUUUUACUGGGCGGUAAAAGUUAAAAUUUAGAGUAAACAAAUUUACUAAUUAUUGCUAAAACUAAAUAUUCUAAACGAAACAAUAAAGCCUUAACAAUUCGAUAUUCUAUAUUCAAUAAUGGCAGAAGUCUUUGAUAACUUUUCAAUGAUGGAUUAUUUUACUGCCCUGUUUUUAUUUAGCUUGAUUGUUUAUAUUUAUCUAAGAGAAUCGUGCCAAUUUUAUUAUGAAAUCAAAGACGAGGAUUUUCAAAUCCGCGACGACAAAAGAAAAUCUGAUUUCGAUAACACCAUUAAUGAUCCAAUCAAAGUAGAAGAAGAAAACGAAAGUGAAGAAUUGCAACAAAGGACAAUCGAGCAAGAAAUGCCUCCGUGUAAUGUCGAUAUCGACCAUUUUAAUCCCGAUAUCUCUAAAGAUAAUUCCUGCGAAGAUAUCUUGAGCACUUUCGUUAUUAUAAACGAGAAUUUACUAGAGGAAUCCAACGUGGAAAACUUGGAGGAACCCAUCCUAAACGGGAAGACAAAAAAAAUUCUCGAGCGUAAUUUUGGAAUUUACUUAAGCACGUACUUCGAGUGAAGAAUACUUUCUUCUAUUUUAUGCAAAAAUUGUAGAGCAAAGAAUAUUGACGAUGAUUUUUUUUCAAUAUUUAAUAAUAUUCUAAAUUUUUAAAUAUUUUUGGCAAUAAAUUUUAUCUAAGCAAAAUCGAAUUUUAAUUUAAUUGUGCCGAGAAUUUUGGAUUGGAUUGAUGGGUUAUGUCACGCAACCUAUGGGCGAUCUACAAUGGGGUAGUUGCUUUCCACUAAGACUUUAUAUGGAAAACCGCCCCUUAUUUAGGUGUUAGACACGUGAAGAAAACACGAAAAACUCCACGUGGCACCAUUGGCAAUGGCUCGAACCCGUGACCAACUACUAAUUAUCAUUAGUUUAUCCAUUUGGCCACUGGUUGAGCUAAGAAUUUUGGGCCUAACCUUUUUAAAUUAAUCAUUUUUUAAACAGAAGUAGCCUGUUGUAUUUUUAAGAGUCCAUCUUGCUGCUCAAAAUAACACUGAAAGUAUAGUCAAAAACAAUACCUAAAGGGUAUUUUACAAUACAUAAAAUCUCCGACAGAUAUUCAUGAAAUUAUUAGUAAUAAAAAUUUUGAUUCAAGAAAUUAUUUAUAGCCUAUAAAGUAAAAUCUGUGUAAGCCGGAUUCGCACGGAAACGGAUAUUUUUCCGGUGUGACAGGUUUUUCCGGUUAGCAGGUCCGAAAAUAGCUGCGUUUCGCGAUUUUUUCCCAUUUAUCCUAUUCUCCAAGACAGUUUACACUUAUUGCCUAUUAUUAUUUGGUAGAGGAGGAAUGGCCCGAAUUAUGUUGUAGUGCAGAGCCACAAUAAAUCUAAAUCCGGCCCUGAAGGCCGAAUAUAGAGGCGGAAAAGGCUUGGAUUAUAAGGCCUUUUUCCUGUCUCUAUCUGCCGCUCUAGAGAUCCGGCGUUGUAAUAUUGAUAGAUUGGAUCAGAAAUUUCACAAAGGUUGAUCCCGAUGGGAGGUUGGCCUUUUAAAAAGGUGGAGUUAGAUAUAAGAUAAAAGGGCCUCAACGGCCAUUUAUCUAACUCCUCUUAUAUGUCCGAGUGCCUCCAUGUCCCUGCACCCUUUUUUUCUUGUAUCUAACAGUACGCCAUUGUAGACCUGCAGUUUCAGAAGAGAUUUAGAAUCGGCUUUAAGUAAAGGCAUUGGUCUGCUUAAACAAUCGGGUGGUGAAAAAAUAUCUUCAAAAUCUGUUUCAUGGACAUCGGAGGAAUCAUUUUCCGAGCGUCAAAAACCUUAACAAAACCAAUUACGGAUUACGACACUAUCGACUGGAAGAGGAUCAGGUAUCAUCAUCAUCCUUCACUCGAUCAUAAAAUGACGUAUGUAUUAGUUCUGUGUUCGGUGUUAAUUAUUAAUUUAAAUCCCAUCCGCGGUUCGAGUUACUGCGAAGAUGUACCUUGUGGUUUUGUCGAAAGCACGAAACUUAAACUAGAAAUCGCUAAACCCGAACUCGACGUUAUAUCGGAUUUAACAGCUAAUGUCGUUAAAAACGAAAUUAUCGUCACAGAAGAGUUUAAUCCUUCCGUCAAGCAAGCUCUACAUGAUUUGCACGAGUUACUUUUAUACACGGAAGAUCUGAAUAAUGAAGAUUUAAUCGUUGAUGAAGUCCCCGAAGAUUUGUUUCUUCGGCUUAAUAUGGAGGAACGGAGUUGCACCCAACUGGAAGAAAGGUAUGAUAAGUUAUUAAUGGAAACGGAGAUGAUAGUAAAUAAUAUAUUACAACUUUCUAACAAGGAAAAAGAAACCGAAGACUUACUUCAAGUUAUAAAAAAACACUCGAGUAAUUUAAUGCAAGCUCUCGUUACCACUCAACAAAAUUCCGAAAAGUUGAUGAAUAAUAAAAUGGCGAAUUCCGAAUUUAAUCGCACGAUACAAGACAUGAUUUUUCAGCUAAAUAAAACUCUUUCGUCCCCGCUGCUUAUUGGAAACUCUGAUUUACUUAAUUUGAAAGACCAAUUAGAGAAAAGUUAUGAUAUAAACGUGCAACUCGUGGGGAUAUUUCAGGAAAUUGAAAAACUUCGAGGAUCUCUACAGAAAUUACGAGAAAUUGGUGAUAAUAUGGAGGCGAUGGGAAAGGAUAUUCAAGCAAUUUUGAACUCAUUCAACGCGAAAAACGAAACUCGAGUACCAUCGAAUAAUAAUAAUAACAGAUUUGCAAAGACUAAUAAAAAUAAUAAGAAAAGAAAAGAGGGCCUCUCCGUUGCAGAAAUCAUAAAAUCUAAGAAAGAAAAUAAAAACGGUUAAAACGAGUAAUUUUAACACUUUAAAAAUGUUAGUUCUUUUAAUAUUAAGUUAUGAGAAAUCUUAAUUAUAUAAAGAAUUUAAUUUCGUGUAAAAAUUAUUUGUGUACUGAAGUAAUUUGUAAGGAUGUAAAAAGGUCUGUACGAAAAUAAAAUUGUGUUUUGUACAUUUAAUAGUCGAAUGCUCCUGGCAUUUCUAGGGCUUAUGAGAGGGUGACAAAAAUAAUGGUGUGUAGUAAAUAAAAUGUACUGUACAUUUAUUGAGCGGAGUAUUUAUAAUAAUGAAACUGAAAAACAAAAAAUUGCUGGGGCUUAAGUUAAGAAGGAUGGGCUUUAGGGGUGGAAUCCCGUAGUAUUUUUGUAGGGUGUCGAAGAAUAUUCGUGCCAAAUUUGGUGAAGAUACGUUGAAAGAUUAUGGAACAUUUGCAUGCAUACAUAUUUUGACUUUUAUAUAAAUAAAUACAGUAUAUUUUCUACGCCGUGGCAUAGGAAUUACAUCGAUCUUCGUUUAUUAUCUCACAAGUAAAGCAUGGCACUGAGUAAAUAGAAAAAAAUUCAAAUUAUUUUGAUGGUGAGAACCGGCAGUCAGUGUAAAAUCGCUGAAGAGUUUGACAAGCUGCAUCCAGACUUCCUAAUAAUUACACACUGCAGUCUGGAUAUACUGUUAAAAUCUGACUUUCGGAUCUCCACCAUCAAAAUAACUUGAAUUUAUUCCUCGUUUAUCUGUAAAAAAAAAAAAUAAACAAAGGUUAAUAUAACUCAUAUGGUUCCAGACUUAUAGGGCACCCUUUAUAAUUUUGGUAAAUUUAUUUUAUAAAUUAUUACAAGAAAAAAGCAUGCAAAACUAUUAAUGGUGAUAAAAUUAACAGACUAUAUAGCAUACAUAAAAAAAAUAUAUUUGCAGUGUAAUUAGAUAAAAAUUAAAGUGUACAAUACUCCUGAUAUUGUAUAUGACAAUAUACUGUAAUUAAUUACAGCUGCCAACUUAAUUAUACCUUACUUAAACUAUAAAUAAAGGUAUGGCACAAAAAUUAUCAAUAGAAUAAAAUCUCAAUUAUCCAUCACUUUGGUACAAAACUGAUUAUUUACCAUGAUAUCUAUUUUGCUAGCAUGUAAGUUAUGCACCACAAGCAUGAAUGCCAUCCUAUUGCAUGCAGAUUUGGACGUGUAUACUAUCAUUCUUCACACCUUGCAAGACAUCAGGUUUUGACCUUAAAAUGGGUGAAUGACAUAAAUCAAUUAGGGCCUUGUGACCUCACUGGUAAAAACUCAGUGAUGCUAUGUGUUUGUCUGGCAUCAAUGUUGUCCCAAAAUGGAAAAUCCCAUAUGGUUUGUUUAUAGUAUGUGACUUACAAGUACAAAAUCUACAGGGUGUCUGGUAAUAUUGUUUAGAAGUAUGAGUAUAUUAUACAUUUAAUUUUACGGUAUUUAUUACACGUGUUUAUAUUAUGCAGUAUAAUUUCAUAUAUAAACAAGUUAUUAUCUGACAGUUCAUUUGAAAUUGUUAGCAUGCAUUUUUGAAAUAAGAUUUCAAAUUUCAUACAGUAAGAGUAUUUGAAUUGACUCAACUCUUCCUGCUUUUCCUAUAAAUCAAUAUUGAGUUAUUUUAUAAGCUGGAUAUUAGAGGGUAGAACCUACACAUGGGCAUAGGAUGAAGAAAAGAGGAGUGUGAAGAGUUGAGAAGGAGGAGAUAAAUUCCUAGUAGGGUAAUGUGCAGAUAGAAUGAAGAGAUAUUAAUUAAAAUAAAUACAUUUGUUGAGAAAUGUUUACGUAGUAGUAGUAAUUACAUAAAGUAACAGCUUCACUAUACCAGGGCAAUACAGUAAAAGCUGGAUAAUCAAGAUUCUAAUAUUGUUGUUAUUAAAGUUUAGAAAUAAUUAAGCUUCGUUGUAAAAAAUGUAUUAUUAUUUAAUAAAAAAGUAACAAGACUACUUUUUAAGAAUUAAGAAAAUCUCUUUAUUGCACAUAUUGUA